CAACCAUAAUCGUCGAAUAUUAUAAUGUACUUACAAACUUGGUAUUUUUUUCAAUCCCUCAUUGGUAUCGGACGUAUAAAUUUGCGCAAAUUAUGUUAAUAUUGAAUGUCGCCUAAAUGCUAAUAAUAUUGGAAAAUUUCGCGAAACAAUAUAUGUAUAGAGUCGGGCACGCAGUUGUGUUAGAAACGGUAAACUCGACCCUAGCCGUACUAUUGUGCAACCGGGGGUUAUAUAAAUGAUAAAACUUAUAUACAUUUUCAGUGAUUACAAUAAUUAUUAUUCAUAAUAAUAAUAAUAAAGGCGAUAGUUUAUUUAUAGUCGCGAAAGUAAAGGUGUAAAUGUUCCAUGUGGUGUGUCUUGGUGUCUUAAAAUGGAUGUUGCCAGGGUAGCUGCUGUCAUUUUGGUCAUUUCUUUGGAUAAAAGAAUAUCAUGUUGGCCGUACAGUAUAGAAGACUCCCCAGAAGAAGACUCCUUCCCACUUACUGUAGACCAUAUGGGAAAAAACCUGAGUCAAGUUCCACUAGGAAAUUUCUCCAUAACCGAAGCCAAUUUGGCUUACAAUCAAAUACAGACUUUAUCUCCUUACGUGUUCUACAUGAACCUCUAUAAGAAUCUCCACAAUCUACAGCUCUCCCAUAACAAUAUGUCCUCGAUAGACGUAGGAGCUUUCAGGGAGCUUCCGGAGCUAAGAGAACUAGAUUUAUCCAGCAAUAAAAUCAGCAACUUGGACUCGAAUACCUUCAUAAGAAACCAUCAACUUACGAAGCUAGAUCUUGCACUAAACAACAUCACCUUUGACAUAGAAAUACCGUUUUUACGCUCGUUCUUUAUCCAAACUCUAAUUUUAUCUGAAAAUAACAUUAUCCACGUAUACGACAUCACUUUUGCCAGAAUGCCCCAUCUGACGUCACUGCUUCUGGACCACAAUCAGCUCUACUAUUUGUCACCAAAUUGCUUUGUGCAUUUGAAGUAUCUACAGUACAUCAAUCUUGCCAAUACGGGAGUCUACAGUUUGUCCAGCAGCAUGUUCAGGACAGUACCGAGACUGGUAGACUUAACCAGUACAACCUUAUCGAAGAAAUUCGAGCCGCCACUUAAGAAAGUGAAGACUCAUCAACUGGUGAAGUUAAUGGCAAUAGAAAAGUUUAUGGAGGAAGACUAUGAGAUGUGAAGUAGAAUGAAAUGGAUUGAGGAUUGUUAAUUAGCACGUACUUCUUGGCAUCUACAGUGUGACAACCUGUACCCUACGGUACGGUCUAAGUACAACCAAGUGUCGAAAUUCGAGUUUCUGGAAGAGUUCUAUGAGAUGGAAGCUAUGGUAUGGGUGACAUGUGAGGAUUCUAUUUUCUUCUAUGGACAUUUAUUUAUUUUUAUGAAACUUUAGUGAAGUUAGACUGAUGCAUCAAUAUGUGAUAUUGUAAGGAUGUCAAGUAAGUAUUACUGCUUUUUGUAUGAUGUGGCAAAAGCGAACACUAGGGUGCAGCAGAGCAGUGGUAGUGCAAUUGGUGGGUUGUGGAGAAAAUGAGUUUUUUUAAUUGUCAAUUGGUGCUUAACUAAGGUACUUUGAAAUCAGCCGUUUCUCGCAUAUAUAGCAACAGCGCUGACGCGAUCAUCCACGAGUCGUGACGAGUUUGGCCGAGUUAUAAGGUGCGCGCUCGUUAAAUUUGAAUAUGGGAGCCGUUACUUAGAAAAAUGCUGGCGGUGUUGCCAUAUAUCGAUAGAAAUAGGAAAAAAUACAGUUUAAGAAUGUGGAUUUUUUUUUCGUAUUGUCCUGUAAAUUAAUUAUGUUUCUAAAAAUCAACGAAUAUAUUUGUACAAAAAUUUAAGAGGCUAAAUUAAACUGAAAUCCACAUCUUUUUCUUUAAUUAUCUAAUCAUUUUGAUGCUAGUUUUCGAUUAUUUUUUUAUGUUAAUCUUUGAAAACAUUCAACCUACUCGACUGCGCCAUUAUUCCAUCAAAAACCAUUAAGCCAUAAAAUCCAUUAAAUUAAUAGAUCAUUUCCACAUCUUUAUAUUACAAUAUCCAUUAAUACGUCUAUUAAAACUGCAUAUAAUAAAUAAUUUGACAUUUCAAUUUUUUCAUGUGGAAGAAUCCAUGAUCCUGAAAUAAAAUUAAAUUUUAUUUUAAUUCAAAGCAUUUUCACGUAAACCUGGAUCAGUUCAUGAAAAUAAUCAGUGGUUUGUGUUGAGACAUUUUGGAGUAAAAUUAGCCCGUAUAUUUUUCUAUUUUUUAAAAGAUUUAUAUAUUUUUUAAUUAUGAAGA